CCAAAGGGUCAUAUCAUAUGUACAAUUGCCACCAAAACAAAGGUUACCAAGUAAUUUAAGGAAAAUAAAGCAAAAUGCCGGUGGAUUGGUUCGGAUAUGUCUACGCUGCAACGGUGGCCGCCGGAGGAAUCGUGGGAUUCGCGAAGGCGGGUUCCAUUCCUUCGCUCGGUGCCGGUCUGGCCUUUGGAGCACUUCUGGGCUAUGGAGCCCACCUUAACUCCCAGGACACGCCACGCCCCCUCCUGCAACUGGGCACCUCCCUGUUCUUGGCCGGAUUAAUGGGCGCAAGGUGGAAUCGUUCGGGAAAACUAAUGCCCGCCGGAGUAGUCUGCAUGCUCUCCGUGGCCGCUUUGGUUAAAAAUGUGGCCACCUACAAUCGCUAUCUAAUGCCCACCGGCACAAAGGGUGCCUAAAUGGAUUUAUAUCCCAUAGAUCCCAAAAUGCUGGACUUGCCAGGAGAUUUUAUACCUUACUUCAUUUACAUAAACUUGUUAAUUGCUGUUUUGAUUUAGUUUUCUACUUUUUGGUGAUUGGACCUUUGGUUUAGCGCUGUGUCACUUUCUAAGCUAGCGAUAAGAAAAACUGUACUUCUUGGCUGCGAAUAAAUUUUAUCAUCUAUGCUUUUACUAUCUUGCUAGACUGAAAACACA